CGAUCGCGAACCGCCGAACCGCGCGUGUAGUGCUCCUCUCUGCUCGCGAUUCCGUCCGCUCCAUCUCCGGGACUAGUGUCCGCGUGGUCCAAGUUCACGUGUUGUGAUUAUACAGGAUGACUCUGCGCGCGGCCCAAAGCUCCUCGGCACGAUUACUGGUGUGCCUCCUGUUGGUCUCACUGGCCUGUCACGGCGCCCUCGCCCGUCACCCGGACGACAAGCGCCCCAGCAGGCCCGUCCGGGAGAACCGGGACCACCCCCCGCGAGGAACCCGCGACUCCCACCGAGACCAGAGCCGCCGCGAGUCCCAGAUGUCAGCCUCCUUCACCAAGCGAGAGGAGCCGCCCAAGCACCUCAAGCUCGUCCAAGGGGGAGUCCAGACUUCCUUCCCGUACCAGUUCGUCAACCCGAUGGUCCCGCCCUCCUUCGCCUACUCCCCCGGACCGCAGUACUCCAACACGGUCCACCCGUACACACCCCACCUGAACGCCCCCUACGACGCGUACUCUGCCCCUAAGGCAGGCACCUCCCCCGCCCCGACCGUCGUCAAGUACGAAUUCCUUCCUAAACCGGCAUCCCAGACUGCGCCAGCGCCUGCCUACUCCCAGCAAUCCUUCUCGCAGGGUCACUCCCACGGCCACUACCCUCAACCCGCGCCCUACCCCCAUCUCAUCCCCACCCCCGCCCCAGCAAUGCUCCUCGUCAUGGCCCCGCCCCACCCAGGCAACCCUUACGGUGCCCUCAUGCUAAUCCCCACCCAGAACCAAGGCGUCUAUCCUCAACAGCCUCUGACGCUCAUCCCUGUACCAACUGCAGUUCCCUCUGCCGCUGGAUUCCGUGGUCCCGUCGCCUACCCCACCGUCGCGCAUCCUAACCUCAUUCCCGUUAGCUUCAAGCCUAUCCACUACCAGCGACAAGCGUACCCGCAGUUCGUGCAUGCGCAGAACUUCGGUCAGAACUACGCGCUUAAGUCGAUGAGCCAGAGCGCCGGAUCGCAAUCUGAGGAGACGCAGAUGUCGGAGACGAACCCGCAGAUGGACAUGACAAACGGGCACUCGCAUAGUCAGAGCAGUACCAAGGAGCAAACGUUUGGCAACAAAGUACCGAAUUUCAGGCCGAUUUCCGUACCGUCGUAAGGAUGGUAUCUGGAGAUUCUGCUGGCCGCGAUGAAAUGCUCCGUAAAAGGAGAGCAAAGAACAUGACGUCCUCCCUCAACUCUUCGCAAGCAGGGGUGAGGAUCGUUUCAUGGGUGUAGAUGAAAUGCGUCCGACAGGAAUAGUUUGUUUUGGUUAAUAUAGCAGCUUGAUUUUUCAGAUUUUUGUAAAAGUCAGCCACUGAAGAUGAAUGACACACACUUUCCCUUUAUAGAAAAAGGGGGGAAAUAUACAUGGUGGAACUCCAAACAGGAAAAAAAACAAAUACAAAAACAUAAUUUACCCUUUAAGGACUGGCUCCACCUGUUUUAAAUUUGAUCAUUUGAAUCGCAUGCGGAAUUGCAGGCUUUUACUUUUGAUUGAUGUCACAGGAACCGAUAAAUCGUAAAAUGUAUCGGUAUAUUUAUUUUUAAAUUGUAUAUCCACACUUCGGACCUCAUUUUUGUCUUGUAGAUCAUGCACGUUUUAAAAAAAUUAUGGGAGAAGAGAGCUCAAAUUUUCUUGUAAAAACUUUCCCGGACGCAUUUUCAUCUGGCACAAUACAUUAAUUUUCCUCUGAAGUUGAAGCAGGAGUGAAACUCAGCAUCUUGAAGUGAAGAAAAUGUCCGCUUUCAGCACAUAAAAAGAACCAAUGGUUUGCCAAUAUGCUGCAU